AUGGCAACACUCCCGCAGCAGAAAGUACACGAUGUGAUCAAGCAAUACCGGCCUGCGAGACAAUUUCCCGGUUCUACUCGCUCAGACGGGGUCGAAAGUCGUGUCACAUCCCUUGAUUUCGACGAUAUGGGCGAGUUCCUCGUGGCCGCCUCAGACGACGAAACGAUGCAUGUUUACGAUAUAAAAGAAGGAAAAAGAACCAAGACGAUACCCAGCAAGAAGUAUGGUAUUCACCUGGCUCGGUUCACUCACCACUCGCGCAAUGUUCUGUUUGCCAGUACGAAGCAAGAUGAUUCUCUACGCUUAUUGGAACUCCACAACGAGAGCUUCGUUCGCUACUUUACGGCUCAUACGGGACAAGUAACUUGUAUAGCGCUGUCUCCUGGAAGUGAUCAGUUCUUAUCGUGCGGCAACGACGACAUGGUUUGUCUAUGGGACCUGAACUCUAGAAGCCCGCAAGGAAAAUUGAAACUUGUUACUCCCUACCUCGCGGCCUACGACCCCUCUGCGCAGAUAAUGGCGAUAGCGUCUCAAUCUACCUCCUCUAUCCUCCUCUAUGAUGUCCGAAACUUCGACAAAGCUCCCUUUGCUACCUUUGACAUGGCUGGAGCGGAGGAUAGGUACACCCCUACCACGAAGGGUCGAGCAUGGACCAAAUUGGAGUUUUCGAACGAUGGAAAAAAUAUGCUUCUCGGCACUGACUAUCAUGGCCAUUUCGUUCUAGACGCUUUUGAUGGGACGGUCAAAUCAUUUCUACAAGGGAAGACCGCUGGUACUGGACGAGCUGCUCCUGUGUCAACAUCGGGAAAGCCGCUGGGCCAAGGAGACGUCUGUUUUACACAAGAUGGGAGGUAUGUUGUCGGCGGUGCGGGCGACCAGCCGGACCUCCUUGUCUGGGAUACCCACAAUGUCAACGAUGUUCGGCAGGAGCCUAUGGUCCGAUUGUCGGGUCGAGGAAUCAAGGCGCCAGUAGUGCAAUGCAAUCCCCGCUACAACAUGCUCGUGACUGCUGACUCCAGGGUGUGCAUGUGGUUACCAGGCGAUCAAAUCAAGAAUCCAGAACUCUGA